AUGGCGUCCAGUCCUAGUCCCAACCAAUCCGCUGCCGUAAACUCGAGCGGCCCCACUGGCGAAAAGAGAAGGAGGAAGCGUCUUCAAUUGAGUUGCGGGGAAUGCAGACGAAAGAAGUUGUUGUGUGACCGAAAUCUGCCUUGUCAAAGAUGUUUACGGUCAGGAAGAUCAUGGGCAUGUGCUUUUGAGACAGACACAACGCAGCCACCUCCAGCAAGCCAGCAUACGCAACAGAAUAUUCUGCACAAUGGUCAAGAAGCUCAAGAUCUCCAGGCUGAAGUUGCUAGAUUGAAGGAACUGCUCUCACAGUCAUGUCGUUCGAAAAACAACGACUGCGUAGAGUCAAUAACCCCUGUUGCGAUACCCGAAUUUGACAACACAGAUUUACUGAAUAUAGAAACAGAGGGACAUCUAACCUGUGCUGACAGUAAGAAUAUAGAUCUCAAAGAUCCUAGAGAGAAGUGUCCACGUGGGUAUUAUAGUCAGCAUACCCUACUACAAUUCUUUCAUGAGAUUCCACAAUUAUUUUUGUUUAUCAAAGAAACUUCCGAUGAAUGGUUGAAGCCUCUGGGAGCCCAUACGAAAAAGCAUAAGCCUGCACCAUUGGAUCGGAGAACCAAUGCUAGAAAUAAGGAAGAAUCCGCCCUGGAGAGUCUGCUGCCACCAAAGAAUAUCACAGAUGCCUUGAUCUUGCUCUUCACUACCAAUCUAGGUCAGCUUCAUCAUAUAAUUCAUGUUCCGACUUUCACUAGAGAAUAUGCCAAAUUCUGGAUUCCACAGCGCCCUCGCUCUCCGGCUAUGACAGCGCUUGUCUUGUCAAUUAUAUCGAUUUCUUCUAGUACAUCAUUACUCCCCAGUAGUAUCUCGCCAAUUCCACCUAGGUACCAGACUAUGGCAGUCCAGUGGAUAUUUGCAUAUGAGGAGUGGGUGCGUCGACAAAGCUCUAAAUAUCGUGAUAUUCUGUACUAUCAAAUCGCCUGCUUAGUAUAUCUUGCCAAACGGAUGACCAGUCUUAAAAAGAAAGAAUUCUGGAAGGAAACUAGUUCUUUGAUCCAGACCGCCAUUAUGGACAAGCUACAUUGCGAGAUAUCCACGGAGAGUCCUUAUACAAGAGAAAUCAAGAGGCGGAUCUGGACCUCGCUUCGCGAAUUAGACCUCCAGAACUCAUUCGAGUUUGGGCUUCCUACACUCCUUCACAACACCGAGUCCGAUAUUGCUACACCUGCUAAUCUCAACGACGAGGACUUUGACGAAACAACUGAAGCGCUUCCACCCGAGAAACCGUCAACCCAUUUUACUAGCGCAUCAUAUCAGUAUCAUAGCUCCCGCAGCUGGGCACUGCGUCUCGAAAUCUCUCGGAGACUGUUUAGCACUGGAUCUAUGAAGCCACUUAGUUACGAAGACGUUCUACGAUACACUCAUGAGCUAACUUCAGAGGUACAUUCUCUGCCGCCGUGGGAUGUAGAUAUAGCAGAAGGAGAUGAUUAUUCCAAAUCACGCUUCGUCUGCUAUGUCUUCCUUCAUUCUCAGCUGACAGAAUGUGUCUUGACUAUGCAUCGGCCGUAUCUCCAGAGAGAAAACAACAAAUACUGGCUUUCUACAAACGUGUGUUAUCAGAUGUCGCGAGACACACUUCUUCUUAAUUACAAGGCCGAAAAUUCCGGUAUCCAAAGCCUGAGAUCAGUGCGAGAAGAUCUCUUGUCAGCUUCAUUAACUCUGACCCGCAUUACCAUAGAGCAGCCCGAAAAGUCGAACAGUAUCACUAUGGAUAGCUCUACAUCCACAAUUGACCUUUUGGAAAAGUGCCUUCCAUUCUUUGAACAAAGAUACCUGGGAUACGUGUACAGCGAACCCUGGUGUUUUCUUACCAUGUAUGCAAGUACCAUGCUCAUCAAAAUCCAUCUUGGAAAGGAGUCUUGGCAGACCGCAAAGACAUCGUGUGCCCAACGAUAUCUCGAGCUCUUCCAUGAGCAUACCAGGAAACAUCAAAUACAUUUUCCGAGAGAGCGGCAUGCGGUUUCUGAAUACCUUGGGGCUCCAGAUACUCAAUCUGCACCCGUUGAGAUAGAUUUCCAGCAAUCAAGAGUUCCUGAGUCGAGUUGGGUGAUUGGUAUUUCUCCUAACUUCAAUAUUGAUCCCUUUGAUUUCGAGAUGGAAUGCGAGAGUAUAUGGGAAACCUAA